AUGGCCGCGGCCUUCCGAAAGGAGGGUGCGCAAAAUGUGUUGGCAACAGGGUCGAUGGUGAACUCCAUCAACAAAGCCUGCGACCUGGCCGACUUGCAAAGGAGCGCGAUUGCACGGGCGUUUCUCCUGCGCACCUGGAAAACUGACGAGGGAGACGCCGUGUUUUGUGGAGGCCGCAGCGACUCGGAAGUCCAGAUGCGGAACGGCUUGAAGCUGAUCAAGGAUCCCGAGCGUGUGAGCAAAGCAACCCACAAUGCGUCCGAGUUUGCGAUUUCGUGA